CUUCUUUUAUUCUCAACUUUUCAUUCUGGCGCAUUGACGCUCAAUUUCGGGUCUUUUGAAAUCGGACCGGAUCGUGUUUCCCCUUUUCUUCUCACGGACUUCAACUCCUCUUCUUUAAAUAUCUUUCCUCCUUCCCUGCCUCUCCCCGCAUACAUUUGCCUCUUUCUUUCCACCCUCUACGAUAGGUACUUCCUCGGUAUCUGUUAUCCAGCGGCCCUUGCUCCUUGGACCACCCUUCCUUGUUCUGCAUGCCUCCAAGGUCCUCUGCACCCUGCCGCUUGUGGAACCCUAGACAUUCUCGAUCUCUAUCAACCCCAACUUAUCGUUCGUUUCCCCGAUCAGGCACCUUUGCGGCGGUAGCCCCUCAUUCCUACCCCUCGCCACGCUUGUUCUCGCAUCGCUGGCCUCGAUCUAUUGCCUCCGGUGGACAGACUCAUCCUCGCUCCUCCACCACCUCCCUUCCCUCCACUUCCCCCGUUUCGCGUGCUCCCUUUGCCACUCGCCCCGUCAACAUGGGUUCUACCAAGAUGGGUUCUGUCGAACGCAUUGCGGAGGAUUUGCUGAAGCCGGAGCUGGAUGAUCGCUCCUACCGCGUCAUCCGUCUUCCCAAUAAGCUCGAAGCUCUAUUGGUUCACGACCCUGACACGGACAAGGCCAGUGCCGCGGUGAACGUCAACGUGGGCAAUUUCUCAGACGCAGAUGACAUGCCGGGCAUGGCUCAUGCUGUCGAACAUUUGUUGUUCAUGGGUACCAAAAAGUACCCCCUAGAGAACGCAUACAACCAAUAUCUAGCAUCUAAUUCGGGCAUGUCCAACGCUUACACGGCGGCCACGGAGACCAAUUAUUUCUUUGAAGUCGCUGCUACGUCGCAUUCCGGUGACGAGAAAUCCGACGCGCCCACUUCGCCCUCGGCUGCGCAGUCCAGAGGGCCACUGUAUGGUGCCCUGGACCGGUUCGCCCAGUUCUUCGUUGAGCCUCUUUUCCUGGAGUCAACCUUGGAUCGGGAAUUGAGAGCAGUCGAUUCGGAGAACAAGAAGAACCUGCAGAGCGAUAUGUGGCGGUUGAUGCAAUUGAAUAAGAGCCUCUCCAACCCAGCGCAUCCUUACCACCACUUCUCCACGGGCAACCUGCAGACGCUGAAGGAAGAUCCGGAGAAGCGGGGGCUGGAGGUUCGAAGUGAAUUCAUCAAGUUCUAUGAGGCCCAUUAUUCAGCCAACCGGAUGAAACUGGUCUUGCUGGGUCGGGAAUCUCUGGACGAGAUGGAGGAGUGGGUUUCGGAUUUAUUCUCCCACGUCCAGAACAAGGACCUUCCGCAGAACCGUUGGGACGACGUCCAGCCCUGGACGGCGGAGCAUCUAGGAAAGCAGAUCUUUGCCAAGCCGGUCAUGGACAUGCGGUCCUUGGACAUCUACUUCCCCUUCAUGGAUGAGGAGCACUAUUUCGAGUCGCAGCCGAACCGUUACAUUAGCCACCUGAUCGGUCACGAGGGCCCCGGAAGCAUUUUGGCUUACAUCAAGGCCAAAGGCUGGGCCAAUGGCCUGUCCGCUGGUCCGCUUCCCAUCUGCCCUGGCGCGGCCUUCUUCACCAUCAAUGUUCGCCUGACCCCCGAGGGUUUGAAGAACUACCGUGAAGUCGCUAGGGUCAUCUUCGAGUACAUCGCGAUGAUCAAGGAAGGUGAGCCUCAGCAAUGGAUAUAUGACGAGAUGAAGAACUUGGCCGAGGUCGAGUUCCGCUUCAAACAAAAGACGCCCGCCAGCCGCUUCGCCAGCAAUCUGAGCAGUAAGAUGCAGAAGCCCCACCCUCGUGAGUGGUUGCUCAGCACCGGACUCCUCCGCAAGUAUGAUCCGGCUCUUAUCAAAGAAGCCUUGUCCUACCUCCGGCCCGACAACUUCCGGAUGCUUAUUGUGGCUCAGGAUUACCCGGGUAAUUGGGACCAGAAGGAGAAGUGGUACGGCACGGAGCAUAAGGUGGAGGACAUUCCCCCGGAUUUCAUGGCCGACAUUCGCAAGGCGUAUGAGACCACAUCCGCCAACCGUCUGCCCGACCUACACCUGCCUCAUAAGAACGAAUUCGUCCCGACUCGUCUCUCUGUCGAGAAGAAGGAAGUUUCGGAACCAGCCAAAACCCCGAAGCUGAUCCGACACGAUGACCAUGUCCGUUUGUGGUACAAGAAGGAUGAUCGAUUCUGGGUUCCCAAGGGCACCUUCAACAUCUCGCUGCGGAACCCUCUGGUGUGGGCCACCCCGGCUAACGUGGUCAAAGCCCGAUUCUAUUGCGAAUUGGUGCGCGAUGCCCUCAACGAAUAUGCCUAUGAUGCCGAGCUGGCUGGGCUAGAUUACUCCCUCGGUAUCAGUAUCUUCGGUCUGGACAUCUCUGUGGGUGGAUACAACGACAAAAUGUCCGUGCUCUUGGAGAAGGUCCUGACGAGCAUGCGUGAUCUCGUCGUGAAGCCAGAACGCUUCAACAUAAUCAAGGAGCGCCUGACACGGGCCUACAAGAACGCCGAGUACCAGCAGCCCUAUUACCAAGUGAGCGACUACACUCGCUAUCUGACUGCGGAAAGGUCCUGGCUCAACGAGCAAUAUGCAUCUGAGCUUCAGCAUAUUGAAGUGGAAGACGUAGCUUGUUUCUUCCCGCAAAUUCUUCGUCAGAACCACAUUGAGGUGUUGGCACACGGCAACCUGUACAAGGAGGAUGCACUGCGGAUGACUGACCUCGUCGAGUCCACACUCAAGAGUCGUACCCUGCCCGAGUCGCAGUGGUACGUGAGGCGUAACAUCAUCAUUCCCCCAGGCUCCAACUACACCUAUGAGCGCACGCUCAAAGACCCGGCCAACGUUAACAACGGCAUCGAAUACCUGCUGUACAUCGGUGAUAUCAACGAUGCGGUCUUGCGGGCCAAGCUGUUGCUAUUUGCCCAGAUGACCGAUGAGCCUGCGUUUGACCAACUCCGGAGUAAGGAGCAACUGGGAUAUGUCGUCUGGAGCGGCGCCCGUUACUCUUCCACAACCAUCGGCUAUCGCGUCAUCAUCCAGAGCGAACGCGUCGCUGGUUAUCUCGAACACCGCAUCGAGAACUUCUUGACCAUGUUUGGCAAGACAUUGGCAGAGAUGCCGGAGAAUGACUUCGAAAGGCACAAGCGCAGUCUUAUCAACAGGAGAUUGGAGAAGCUUAAGAACUUGGGCUCAGAGACCAGUCGCUUCUGGUCUCACAUCGGAUCGGAGUACUUCGAUUUCGUACAGAACGAAGCGGAUGCUGCCAACGUGCGGUCUCUGACAAAGUCGGACCUCAUGCAGUUCUACAAGCAGUUCAUCGAACCUCAAUCGUCCACGCGUGGCAAGCUGUCAAUCCACUUAAAGGCACAAGCUACCGCUCUCGCGAGCACACCCCAGCAGCAGAAGACCCAGCUGCUGGCACGCCUGCGCACACUGUUGGAGAAAGCGCAGGUUACGGUCGACGCCGAUCGUCUGGCAGCCGCAUUCGCUAACGUCGACGUGUCCAGUGGCGAUGAGCGCCUGAUUGUGGAUACCGUCAAGCGUGUCUUGGAUGGAAUGGGUCUCGCGGAGCAACAAGCCAAGCAGGCCCUGGAGUCAAUGAUACAGAGCGUUGGGGUAGAGCUGAAGCACAUCGGUAUCCAGCCCAAGAGAUUUGAAGGAGAGCCUGGCCAGACGGUCAAUGGAUUCGGCCAUGAGGCUGUCACUUAUAUCACCAACGUGCCCGAGUACAAGGCCCGCCUCAAUGUUAGCGCCGGACCGAGCCCCGUUAUCGACAUCAGCGAGUUCGAGGACUUUGACGCGAAGCUAUGAUUGCUCAACUUGUCGAAGCCUAGAAUUACUCACUUGCCAAAUCCAUAUCAUGAUGAUAGAAAUUCUUUGUUGCCUCGUUGGUUUGGGGGGGGAAUGGCUCUGGAAGGUAUACAGCAUAUUUUCGAAGGUGCAGGAUACGGUGCUUAUUAGACGAAACUCAUGGGAUGUAGAUUAGAA